GGUUUUUUCUGCAUCAGGAACCCUCCUUGGCAGAGACGCUGCAAGAGGUCGACCUGAUGCGAAAAGUAAACCAGCCUCUGCUCUCCCUCGACAAAUCGGUGAUCAAGCAGCGCAGGGAGCGGGCGGGGUUGAGAUUUUUGCGAAGGAUAAAGGUUAAAAAGGGAAUCGGACAGGAAAAACGCAGCGGCAGCUGCCGAGCCCGAACCAGCAACAAAAUAUCGCAGGAGCUCCGCGUUUCUCCCUUCCAGCGUCCCCGCCACCUUACGAAACUAGAAGCCAGACUUUUUCCGCCUCCUGCGAAGGAAGCCGACCAGCGAGCCCUUCGAAGACAGCGCCUGGGACCUCCUUUGCGCGGCGGUGGCCGCCGUGGGUGUAUAAUUGCGCACAACGGAAUGGUGUCGCACCCGUCUUCGUCAACGAGAUCAUCUGGUGCCAGAACCACGAAUGCAGAAGGUAGAGAAGAUGAUGGAGAAACGACUCCGUCUUCCGAAUUUGAAACCGAGGACGGGUUUUCUCUCGGGGGACGGGAGCCCGAAAUGUGCUAUUCCUGCAAGAGGCCCUCCUACUUUUUCGAAUCACCGUCAGAAGCCACCUGCGCCGUUGAAUUCCGGGAAUACGACAAAAAGACGAUCCAGGCGAGCCGACCCCCGCAGCUGUGCGCGGUCUGCUGGGCGGACCUCGUCGCUGACACGGAGCUCGAGGCCGGGCGUGCCCUAUUGGAGUGCCCGACCGACGCAACCACCAAGUGCCUCCUCGGGGAGGCCAGCGUUGCGGCACAGCGGAUAAAGGAAAAUAGUGAGAGAGGAUGUGUGCAGCAGGAUGGAACAACAACUGCGAGGGGGCCCAAGGGGAGUGCGCAUAAGGUGUCCACCAUGGCCGACAGAGAGAAAAGCAUGCAGGCUGCACGAAACCUGCAGUGGAUUCCAGCGGUAAGCAGAACGGCGUCCUCAUCAUCUGGAUCGGCAACGUCGGGUAAAAGUAGAUCCUACGCACCUCCAGUGGCGGAAGUCGUUGUAGCCGAAAAUGCUGUAGCAGGUCUUGCACGAGGAACGACACAGGGUAAAAGUUGUAAGGCACAGGAUGCAAGCGAGGUGGCGAACAGUGGUUUGUCACCACCGGCGCGGCGAACCAAAACUGGCGGCAGCCGAAGCACAGGCAUUAAGGGCGAGCAGCCAACCCCCGCUGGUGCAGAGAAACAACGACGGAAAAUCACAGAUGAAACAACGUCAGACGAAGGGCAGAUCCACCUCGCGCCGUUUAGAAUUGCUAGUUUUAGCAUCGAUUUUACCGAGCUUUUCAGAGUUGUUUUUGCCUUCCUGGUGUGGAUCGGAAACACAUUCUGCUGGAUAGGUUUGAAGUUAGCGAGAGCGACUGGGUUCGGACGCUGGUUUGAAGGUGGCGAGAGCGACUCGAUAGGUUUGAAGAUGGUGAAGUCCGUGCAAGCGCUCUGGAAUAUACUCUCUAUGGUAUUCGAGGAAUUGAUCCCCCUUCCGGGCAAGGGCGAGGGCGGACUCGCCGCAGCGACCCCCGCACUGAUCUGCGAACUGCC